ACAGCAGAAUGACCAAGGAGCGCUACGGCGGCGGCCAUGACCUCGAGGUGCUCGCCCAGUCGCGCGUCCAGCUCAGCCUCGACACGCGCACCAACACACACGUCGUCAUCAAGACGCACCCGCGCCGGGCGACGACGGACGACUUGGCGCAAGAGAUCGCGACGCAUGCCAUCCUCGGCGCCCAUGACCACCUCGUGACGAUGCUCGAUACCUUUGUCGCCGAUGGCAAUGCCCACAUCGUGCUCGAGUACUGCAACGGCGGCGACCUGCUCGCACGCCUCCAGCGACAGCAGCGGUUUAGCCCACUCGAUGCGAUUGCACUUGGGCUUGACGUCGCCAAAGGCCUCGCCUGUCUCCACAAGCACGGGAUCGCGCACCGCGAUGUCUCGCUCGAAAACGUGUUUCUUCACGAUGGCAAGUGCAAGCUCGGCGACUUUGGCCUAAGCACCGAGCUCACGACCGUGCGAGGCACCGCCGGCAAGCUCAUGUACAUGGCCCCCGAAGUCGCGACAGGCCACGCGGCGUACGAUCCGAAGGCUGCCGACGUGUGGUCGCUUGGCAUCGUGCUCUUCAUUAUGUUAACCGGCGUGCCCCUCUUCUCGGUGGCGGCCAGAUCCGACAAGCUCUUCCGGGCUGUGCACCGCCAAGGGUUGCAGCCCGUAUUGCGUAUUUGCCAAAAGAAGGGUUUCAUGACGCCUGCGAUCAGCGAUGUGCUGCUCAAGAUGCUGCUUGUGGCGCCCACCCAGCGCAUGACCAGUGACGACGUCGUCCAUGCGUUGGAAGGCCUCCUCCUCUCGUAAGGAAGCUGUUGGCAUUGACGUCGUAU